AUGGAAGUCGAGUUUAAAGACGAAGUGAAGCGAGUUUUUGAAAUAGUCAGGAUGAAUGUGGCGUUUACAGGAAUGGAAGCUACGCCAAGGAAUGUUGUUAGUGCAGUGAUUGAGACUAUUUUGGAGUUAGGAGGGAGGAAUGAAUACACGAGGAUUGAUGAGCUUCUUCAGAUAGUUCUUGCAUACAAGGAGCAUGUGGAGGAGGGAUUAUGUGUCAACGAGUUGAUUAGAGUGAUAGUAACGAGAUUUGAUGACGAAGCGAUUUGGAGGCAAGGAUUCCGCCUGAUGAGGCAUUUUGUGAAUACAGGAAAGCAUUGCAUUGAGCACAUGAGGAUUGUGGUGGAAGAGUGCUUUGUGAAGAAAGAGAUGAGGAAGAAAGCGACGGAGCUGAUUGAAAGCUAUCUGAGUGAGAAGAGGUUUUGUGAAUGGUUUGUGGAGUACUUGGAGAAGCUUGAUGAUAUAACUUGGGCGAGAUAUGUGAAUUGUUUUUUUAAGCAUGUGCAUGGAAGGCUUGAUGUGAGAAGAAGGCUUGAAGAGAUGAAAAGCAAGCUGAGGAGAGGGCCAGGUGGAAGUGUGGAUGGAGAGCAUGGCUCCUUAGACGAUGUAGAAAGAAAGGCAUUGUACUCUGAAUGUUGUGAUUUGCUGUAUAACUAUACGGCUGCUGAGAUGGGCAAUGCGGAUGUGAACGGGGAUGUUUUUGAGUACGUUGUUUCUGAGCUUGAGGACCUGUUUGAGAUGGAGCAUCUGAGGGGAGGAAAGCUUCUUAUGGUGUUUUCUAUGCUUUCAGAGAAGGAUCUCGGGGAGUUUUUGAGGAGUGGAAGACACAUGAUGAAGAUAACUGCGGGAGUUAAGUGUGCGAUCCGGAGGGAGUUUGAAGAGCGCAAGCUGGACAACGAGCAGGUGUAUGAGUUUGUCAGGUCGAUAAGGCACCUUCUUGGAUCGGAAUUUCUUGGGCUUGUGAGGGUUAUGGGGGAGAAGUACAUUGAGGGAGACAACAAGUAUCAGUUUAUUCUUGGGGCAGUGGCGGUGAUGAUGGGGAUUGAGGAGCUGCUUGGGAUGUAUGAGGAAGGCUUGAUUGAUGUUGAGCGAUGGGCGCCUGUGAUCCGAGCGUCAUGCAACAGUGAUGUUUCGUUUUUCUUGAAGCUGUACAAGGGAGUGAGUAAGAAGGAAGGCAAGAAUAGCAUCAAGAUGUGUGUUUUGCUGAACUGUCUUCCGGCGUUCUGCAACUAUUGCUCUGAUCAUUAUGGAAUGGUUGGAGAGUUUAUAGAUGUGAUGAAGACGAGCCUGGGCAACAGGAAUGCUGUGAGCUCUGUGUACAAUGGACUAAAUCGGAUGAUACACUCGCACCAAGGGAAUGUCAAGGGAGGACUGGUUCUGAGGAAUAGCAUUGCCGUAGAGGAUUCGAAGAGGAUAUUGGAGGCGAUUUUUUCGAGUGGGAUUGGACUUGAGAUUCUGUGCAUGGAGAAUGGAGAAGGAUCUGAGGAGAUGGAUGUGCUUCUGCAGAGGCUUUUUGAGGUUGAUGAUUAUGGGAUCUGUGAGAAGGUGCGUGAGUAUGUUGUUUGCCAUCCAAGGAUAGAGUCUAUUGGGGUUGGAAGAUGGAACCUGGGUGGAAUAUGUGAUGUGCUGAAGGUGGCGAGAUAUUUUAUUGGCAGGAUGCAGAGCGAUUUUGAAUACUAUGGGAAGCUGAUUGAGUUUGUGCAGAGAAGCGAGAGUGGGGUUCAGAAGCGAGCGUACCAGCUGCUGUGUUGCAUGAAAAAGUCGCAGAAGAUUGAUCUGUGUAUAUGUGACAGCAUGUUUUCGCAUGAGGCUGUGGAUGGUUUGAAGGAGUCGUCGUUACGGUGGAGGAUACAGCUGCUAUAUGAGAUAUAUAAGAAUGGAUGCGGAUGUUUCAAUGAAAGGAGGAAGGAAUACUUCAACAAGAUGGUUCCUGCAUUAGUUGUUGGGAUGACUGCGAAGAAUGUAAAGGCAAGGAAGGCAAGCGAGGAAUGUCUUAGAGAGCUUGUGGCGAUACUUGAUGAGGAGCUAUUUGAGCUUUAUUGCAAGAUGCUUUAUGUAGGGAUGAGGUCUGAGAGUGUGGAGCUGAGGUGUGGGAUACUCGAGGCAAUGGCUUGCCUGAUUGAGGAGCAUAGCGAAAGGCUUGGCGAUGAGUAUAUUGGAAGGAUGUAUGAGGAGUGUGUGUGCACAAGCAGGCUUGGCAAAGAAGGUAUUUUGCAUGUACUUAGGUUUGUAGAUGUGCUUAUUGGAGUAUGCAAGAUAGACUAUUCUGGAUGUAUUGAGAUUCUUGAGUUGUAUACAGAUAAUUUCAAGAGAAAGUAUGUGGAAGAGAUCAAGCAGGUUGUUAGGAAGCUAAUUGCCAAGGGAGUGGAGUUGCCCAACAAGCUGGUUAAGAUCCUGAAUGAACGAAAGCGAAGGACAGCAGUUCCAAGGCUUCAGAUAACAAAGAAAAACGAUGUGGUGUUUACGGAGCAUAAGAGAGGAACACGUGUAGAGCACAAAGGAGGAGUGUGCGCUAAGUCGAAGCACGUGCAACGACGGACACAAACAGGCUAUAGGAGUAAGAAAUAA